ACCUCAGGGGGGCGGAGCCGAUGCCUCCGAAGCGGAAGUGGGUCGCUGAUGAGGCGGCGGCAUCUUGCUUGAGGGGCUCUCCUCGGCGGCCGGAGAAGGAGCUUCCUCUCUGGAGUGUGACGGCGGCGGCGCCUGCGGACCUAACCAGCUACAGGACUUGAAAAUACUGGAAAUCUGCCCAGAUCCAAAUUCUUCUGCAAGCCAGAUGAGUAAUCAGAGGGCAUGAAAGGUUGAGAACACUUGACUUCCCUGCAAACCUUGGCAUAGAUCACUUCCUUUUCUGUACAUUGGCACCAAAGAGCACAAUGAGUACAAGAAAGCGUCGUGGUGGAACAAUAAAUUCUAGACAAGCCCAGAAGCGAACUCGGGAAGCAGCCUCCACCCCAGAGAUUUCCUUGGAAGCAGAACCCAUAGAACUUGUGGAAACUGCUGGAGAUGAAAUUGUGGACCUCACCUGUGAAUCUUUAGAGCCCGUUGUUGUUGACUUGACUCACAAUGACUCUGUUGUGAUUGUUGACGAAAGGAGAAGACCAAGGAGGAAUGCUAGGAGGCUACACCAGGACCAUGCUGACAGCUGUGUGGUGAGCAGUGACGAUGAAGAGCUGUCCAGGGACAGAGACGUGUAUGUGACUACCCACACUCCCAGAAACACCAGGGACGAGGGCGCUGCAGGCCUC